CGCACGCCUCGGGUGCGCGCAUCGAGAGCGCAGGCGCCUUUCGCCGAGACGGGGACUUGGAGCUUAGUGGGGAUCUCGCGGCGACCGUGCUUUGGGCGGUUGGGCCUUGCGAGUGGUGCGGGGCUCAGACGACGCCCCGGCUUCUUUGGGCGGAGAGAGAAGUCAGGGGUGAGAAAUGGAGUCAAGGUAUCUUCAAAAGUGCCUUGGGACAUGUCUAACUCAAGGUCUUGCAGAAGUGGCAAGAAUUCGCCCAGUGGAUCCAAUAGAAUAUUUAGGAUUGUGGAUUUACAAAUAUAAGGAAAACAUGACCAUGGAACAACUGAGACAGAAGGAAAUGGCCGACCUGGAGCAUGAGAGAGAACUAGCUGUGAUAGAGCGGGAGAUGAUGGAGAGGCUCAAAGCAGAGGAGCUCCUGUUCCAGCAGCAACAGCUGGCAUUCCAGCUGGAGUUGGAAAUGCAAGAAAAAGAGAGACAAAGAAUAGAAGAGCUACAGAGAGCUCAAGAAGAAUUAGAGAAGGAGAUGAGAAUGAAUACAGAAAAUAUAGCUAAGAGUGAAGAUAGUUCACAUUCAGAGGAUGUCACAUCAGACACAAGCAAAACACUAGCUGAAAUUAGCGAUCGAUAUGGGGCACCUAACCUGAGCAGAGUGGAAGAACUUGAUGAGCCAAUGCUAUCUGAUGUUGCAUUAAACAUUGAUCAAGAUUUGUAGGAUCAACCAACCUAAGAGCAAUAAAUUUUUCUGCUUGUUUCAAGUUUCAAAA